CAGCCGAGUCACUGAUUUCACAUGUUGUUGCUGAGAUUUAACAGUAGCUAAGGAAACAGAUACUCCUCUUCUGUAUCCUGGGAUGAGUCAGUUGGACUCACCUUAACUCCUGCCCUCCCUCAACGACAACGUGUUCCUCACAUGGCAGGACGCCUCAUGCUUAGUCCAGACACUCCGGUUGGGCCACAUCAAGAGUGUUAUCAAGAAAUGCAAAUGCUUAAUGGGAAACGGGGAAUCGUGAAGAGGGAGGUGUGAUCACUUCCAGGUGUUUGAGCCCCACCUAUAUCGUCAGGGAGGGACACAAGCGAGAGCGAGGCAGACAAGAGGGGAAAGAAUGGAAGGAAAGAAUGAGUAGGGUGUUCUGUGUUAACCCGCUGAUAAAAGCCGAAAACAAUCCUCUCCGCCGCUGACUUCUGACCUUCGUAUCUCGUGAUCUUCCAGUUAACUCGACUUGGCAGAGAAAUGGGCACAUCAUCAGGAUAAAGGAGAUAAAAACUUCAGCCAAACUUUAAGAUUGCGGGGUGUAAUUUCGACUCGCCUCCCAAAGGAUUAGAAAAAGGAAUAUAAAGACCUGCCAUAUCAAAGGAGAGCUGAAAACAAGGACUGAAUCGUCAUGUGGAUUACUACAAUGAAUAUGGCCUUUUUAUCCAACAAAUCCCUUUUCCCAGUCCUCCUCUUCUUCUACAUGCCUCUCACCUGCCUGUGCCAGUCAACCAACAGCAGCUCAGCCAACAUCCCGACAACUUCCUCAAACGUGACUACCCUGAAGGGCGUGAAAGGCUGCAGCCGUCACCUGAAUCCCAUCUAUAGGUAUCUGUGUGACCGCCGGGCAGUGUGGGGGAUUGUGCUGGAGACCCUGGCCGCCUCGGGCUUUCUGUUCAGCAUAGGCCUCCUCGUAGGCCUGCUGAUCUGGUCCAUGUGGAUCUGCGUCUCCAAGCGGCACCACCGCAGCAGCAUCGGCAGCAUAGUGGCCUCCAUGUUCUUGUUCCUGCUGGCCACGGCCGGGAUCUUCGCCAUCACCUUCGCCUUCAUCGUCCGCCUCACCCCGCAGACCUGCCCCACCAGGAUCUUCCUCUUCGGCGUGCUCUUCUCGCUGGCCUUCUCCUGCCUGCUGGCCCGCUGCCUGGCUCUGUUGGGCUUCGCGGCUGCUCGGGGCUGGGGGGAGCCCGCCGUGGCUCUGGGGCUCUUCACCGUCCAGGUCAUCAUCAACACCGAGUGGCUGAUCCUGGUGCUGGUGCGGGACAACAAGCCCUGCGCCUACAGCCAGGAGGAAUUCGCCAUGCUGCAGAUCUACGUGCUGUGCCUCCUGGCCAUCGCCUUGAUCCUGUCGCUGCGCCUCAUGUGCCGCUCCUGCUGCACCUACAGCUACAGCUACACGGGGCCCACCAACCAGCAGCGCAGGGUCCAGGCCACGCUGCUCUUCCUCACCCUGCUGCUGUCCGCCGGCAUCUGGGUGGUGUGGAUCACCAUGCUCACCAGGGGAAACCCGGAGCUGGGCCGCCGGCCGAACUGGGACGACCCAGUGAUCGGCAUCGCCUUGGUGGCCAACGGCUGGGUGCUGCUGUUGGGGUAUGGGUUGUCUCAGGUCGCCUUCUUCUGCCAGGGGGAGGCCACGUCUAAAGAUCUUCCUCUGAGCUUCGCAGGCUGGACCAGCCCCAGCGCUGACAUCCCCGGACUGAACAGCCCGAAGGAAGGAAAAGAAAAUGGAAGCUUUGAGAAUGACACAGAGAACAGGAGAGGCAGGAGGACUGAGCAAUCGCUGCGAUCGCCCUACGAGUCCGGCUUCUCCAUGACAGAUAUCGACCCUGACAAAGAUUACAGCAUCCCUCGACCUAAAGCCACCAACUACAGCGAACCCUACGACGAUUAUUACGGACACGAAUAAAAUCCCAUUUUUUUUGUCUGAUGUUUUACACACAAACAUGAAAUCCAACCACUGAAAAUUGCUCUUUUUUUGUGUAAAUGUAAAUAUUUUUUAAUGCUGUAAGACAGGGGUGUCAAACAUGCGGCCCGCAGGUCAAAAGCGGCCCUCCAGAGGGUCCAAUCCGGCCAGCAGGACGACUUUGUAAAGUGUAAAAAUUACAGUGAAGACAUUAACUGCACCGUGUAAGUUUCUAAAACUAGAAAUUUCUAAUAAUCUCUAGAAAAUGGGAAGUUGUUUUGAUCAUAAAGUAAAAUACCAGAUUGCUCAUUGUUCUUUUGUCGUUUAGGUCUCAUUUGUGUAAUAUUUUGUCUUGUUUUUGGGUUUUUUUGUCUUGACUUUUGUCGUUUGCCUCACAUUUUGUCGUUUUGUUUCUCGUCUUUGUCGUUUUGUUUCCUUUUUGUCUCGCUUGUGUUUUAUUUGUUAUUUUGUGUUUUGCUUUAUUCAUUGUUUUGUCGUUUCUUUCAUUUUGUUUCAUGUUUUGUCAUUUUUUUGGUCAUUUCUGUACUUUUUUGCCUCGUUUGUGUCACUUGUCCAUUUUUUUCAUCGCUCCGUAACUUCUUUCUCAAAUUUUUUUUUCUUUUUUUAUUGUUUCAUAUCAUUUGUCUCAUUUUUUGUCAUUUUGUUUCUCGUUUUUUUUGUCUGCAUUUAUUCUCAUUGUUUAACUCCAUGGAAGGGGUGUCAAUAUUUUAUGAGAUUAAUGCAUAUUAAAUAUUUUAUUAUUUAGUGCAUGUUGUUUCUUGCUUUUGUCAUUUUGUCUCAUUUUUGUAAUAUUUUGUCUCGAUUUUGUUGUCAUUUUUGUCCGACUUUUGUUUUUGUCUCACAUUUUUGUCGUGUUGUGUUUCCUUUUUAAUCUCGCUUGUGUUUUUUUCAUUUUUGUCAUUUUGUGUUUUGCUUUAUUCAUUUUUCUGUGUGUCUUUUUUGUCAUUUUGUUUCACACUUUUGUCAUUUUUUGUCUCAUUUGUGUCGCUUGUCCGUUUUUUGUCGCUCUGUAACUUUUUCGGCAACAUUUUUUAUUUUGUUUCGUGUUGUCUCAUUUUUUUGUCACUUUUGUAGUUUUGUGUCUAAUUUUUGUAAAAUUUUGCCUUGUUUUUGUUUUUUUUUGUACUAUAUCUUUCAGUUCCAGAUACCUGUGACUAAAUGUUUUGUGCCUUUUUGUAGAUAAUCCGUGAUCUCUAAGUUGUAAUGUGUAAAUGAUAAACUGAGAAAUAACAUUGUUGAAGUUGAAUGUAUUUUUUCUUAACAAAUUUCCAUUUGUUCAUAAUGCUUUGUGAAAAGAUGGGUCCUUCAAUGGAAAUAUUUUUAGAAUGCGCUUUUUUGCACUAAAACAAAGCAAAAAAUUAGGAGUUGUGGUUAUUUAUAGGUUAUUAUGCUGGGAUUUAACUGGUCAGACCCACAAAUUGUGCUGAAUGUGGCCCCUGAACUAAGAUGAAUUUGACACCCCUGUUAUAAGAGAUGCUGUUUUUCUGAGUCUGCCAGUAGGAUGUAAAAUCCUCAGCCUCAAAAUGAGAAAAAAAAAAAGGAUCAGCAGCAUGACUCAUCAACUGGAGCUUCAUCAUCAAGGCUGGAUGGGUUCAGAGAGUCCAGCUUUCUUCUGGCGGGAAAUCCACAUGAUAAAUGUGAGCUUCUGUCAUGACGUGUGUGUGUGUUGUAUGCGCAUUGUGUGCUGCUCAGAAAUGGUAUAUAAUUGCCCCGAGGUGACAGAGGAGGCGUGAAACUGUCACUCCAAAGGUGCCAAACUGCCGAGCAGAGCCGAGACAUCUGUGAACGACGGAGAGGAGGGACGAGAGGACGGGAAACGAGGGGAGGUGAGAAAGGAGAGAUGAGAUGAGACAGGACAGGAGGAGGAUAGGACGGGGAACCUGUCGCUACUGUGGGAGGGCUGAUGCCAUCACUGAUUAACAUCUUCAUGUUCAGAGUUACGCUAAAGUCGCAGGUUUCUGCUGCGACAAAAACAAGGACGUGCUCUGUGUACAUUGAAAGAUACGAGGACUGCCUCUUUCCAACGGCGCAUACUUUAGUGUUUUCUUUUUGCACAUGCUUGUAGAAUCAAUAAAAAGUUCUUGAGUGAAUGCCCUUUGUUGUCUCUGAGCUCUAUGUUUGUUCCCUGCACAUAUGGACCGCUAAUUAAUCUCUCAAAUGGAGUCAGUGUCACGAAGCUGUAUCACAGUUUAACCACCAGGGGGCAACAUCUGGGUGCAAUAAACUGCUGAGGUGAGAGAGAGGAGUGGAAUCAGAAAAGAAGAUUGAAGUUUUCAUGAAACACACAGCGUUAUAAUACCACACAGUGCAGCUUAGACACAGGAGUAAUUAUAGUCUAUAUAACAGGAGUGUCACACUCAUCUUAGUUCAGAGGCCACAUUCAGUCCAAUUUAAAGUGAUCAGUAAAAUCCCAGCAUAAUAACCGAUAAAUAACCACAACUCUUAAUUUUUCCUUUGUUUUUGAGCAAAAAAGCACAUUCUGAAAAUAUUCCCAUUUAAGGAACUAUCUUUUUACAAAACAUUAUGAUUAAAUUGAAAUUUUUU